AUGUCAACCCGGAGUCCAAUCUCGACCAAAUUGGCGGGGCGCGUCAGCGCGCUUCGGGCCUCCCGACGCCCCGCGUCGCCGUCCAACCUCAACAAUAUCAAGCCAUGGUUUGACGAGACAACAUACCCUACAAUUGUGGACGCGGUAGUACGCUGUGCCGCGACACGUGAGCAACAGGCCUUCCAGUGCACCUCAAGGUACUGGCGGAAGCGGGUCGACGUCAUCCGGUCCAUGCAUCUUGUGCUUGACGGCGAGCUGUACUCGGACUUUCCCCGGCGGCUCUCGACCAACCUACUUCACGACGGCAAACGCGCCUAUUUCUUCAACGAGGCCAACUACUCUGUUUACAGCUCAGACACUGACUCGGAUAUGGCAUUUACUCUGCCGGCGAUGGACGUGUCGCGCACGCGCGUGUUUGAUGUACGGGGACAGGUACGGCAGGCUGUCCUUGAUGACUUGGCCGCGCUCUUAACCUCCCUCGACACUCUGCGCGUCUAUGCAUAUUACGAGCGGGCGCACCAGUUUGAGAUCUCGUUGAGCGACCGCUUCACCGCCUUCUGGGGCCAGAACUUCACUGCGGGCCCGGGUCGCGAGCGCACUCGGCUCCCAACGUCCAAACCCAAGUUACCACGGGCGAAGCGCCUCGUCGUCUUCAGCCAUCUAGGCCAGUAUGAUCAGUGGACGUUCAAGAUACCCGUCAAUCCUCUUCCUGCCGUUCCGCCGGGGGUCAAACACCUCGUCGUUCGUCUCGCUGUUCCAUCCGAACCUAGCAUGCCGCUGGCUGGGUUCGCGCGCAAGUUCACCCCGUUGCCUGAAUUAAAGUGCGCCACGAUCAUAUUCAGUCCGACAGACAGGCGAUGGCGGAAGCCCAAGAAGAGGAAUAAGGUGAACACGCUUGCCGACCUCCAGACCGUCGUGGAGGCACUGGGCGUCCCUGUCACUGUUGUGGGGUUCGAUCUCCUGGAACGCCGCAUUCAGGACGCCAAGAACAAGCUGACCGGCGUCACGUUCGCGGACACGCGGGCGUACCGGGCAGAGGUUGGCGAGGAGGACUGGGCCCUAUUCACUCGCGAGGCUGAAGGGGUCGACCUACUGCACAGGCAGCAUAUCUGGUCCGACAUGCUCCACAGGUGA